UUCACAUCGAGUCACACCCCAGCAGCAGCAUGGCGUCCGCCACGAACUACCUGAAACAAGGAUACGUCCCGUUUAGCGGGAAGCCGGAAGAUUUCCACGGCUGGAGUGGCCUGUUCUACUCCAUCAUGGAUGAGCAAGGAUUAGGCGACAUCAUGGCUGGGACGGAGACCGCCCCGGCAUCGGCGGCCAGCAGCGCGGAUUCGGAUCGUGCUGCGUUCGACAGGACGACGCUGGAAUUCAAACGUAAGAACGGCAAACUGUACACACGGUUAAACUUUGCUACGUCCGACUGCGCCGAUGGAUUCUCGAGCACUGCUUCCCAAGUCGUUCGAGCCUUCGGCCCCGCUCGCGUUGGUGAGCAUGGGGACGGACGUGCGGCAUACGUUGCCCUAGAAGCGAAGUACCGCCAGAAGGGCACCUAUCGGAUGCAUGAACUGCAGCGAGAGUUAGGAUCACUUGCGGUCACUGCCGAGGACGAUUACGACCCGGCGCGUGCAAUCCAAGACUUGCGUCGUAUCAGUUCCGAACUCGAGUCACUUGGAGACAAGGUCGUACCAGCCCGCCAGACGCAUAUCUUGUUGAACGCGCUUCCUGACCAGCACUACGCCCAACUUAAGGCCGCGCUGGUGUGCGGACAAGCCGAUGGCUCGGAGUUGGAUCUUGACUUCGAAAAUGUCGCGCACCGAGCGACCGCGUACCAUACACUGCAGAUCAGGGGGAAGGUUUCUGCCCACGGCCGUGCCCACAACACGGUCGUGCACGGGGGUGCACGUAGUUUCCGUAAGCAAGGCGGACGUGGCGGACGCGGCGGACGCAACCGCCAAGGCAAUGGCAGCCAACCGACCGGAGACAACGGCAGCAGCGGCUCCUCCGCCGGAAAUUCCAGAGGCGAUAGCCCUGGAGGCGCGCAAGAUGUGCGCGGGCGAGGCCGCGGCAACAAGUCCAAUAAAGGCGGAAACAAAAGUCACCAAAAGGGCCGAGACCGUCAGGGACGCUGCAAGUACUGCCACAACUCUACAGAGCACGGAUGGGACGGCUGCCCCCUUCGCCUGGAGAACGUGCGAGAGGAUAACGCCCAACAGGCGAAUGCCGCCGCGCCGGAACCGUCCACGCAGGCAUGGUUCACCCGAGUCGAGGAAUCCAGCGGUGAGCCGGAGGACUUUUCCAUCUCGUUUGGAGAACCGCAGGCACUGGAGAUGCCUGCCGCGGCGCUGCCGGAGAAGCGCGCCGCCGUGGGCGUGCAGGAAGGUCUUGUCAUCUACGAUCCGCAGGCACUGGAAAUGCCUGCCGCGGCGCUGCCGGAGGAGCGCGCUGCUGCUGAGGAGGAGGUGCCGGAGGCGCCUGUUGCGGCGCUGCCAGAGGAGUGCGCUGCUGAUGAUGCGCAGGUGCUGGAUGCGCCUGCUGUGGCGCUGCCCGAUGAGCGCGCUGCUGCUGAGAAGCAGGUGGCGGAGGCGCCUGCCGCGGCGCUGCCAGAGGAGCGCGCUGCCGACGAUGAGCAAGUGCUGGAUACCCCUGCUGUGCCGCUGCCCGAGGAGCGUGCUGCUGAUGCUGCUAGUGACGUUCAGGUGCAGAACCCGCUUGCUGAUGCAACAGAUAUAGUUGCCUACACCAGUGUGUACCAGGUUAAGGACGAGUCCGCCAGGAGCACCAUUAUGUUCGUAGACACAGCAGCGUCUAGCCACAUGGUUAGCGCGGAUUCCUACGCAUCUCGCCACGUGACCGAGAAGUCGGACUGCAACGUGAGGAUCAAAGGUUCGUGUGGAACGUCGAGCGCGGCUCAGAAAGGUAUCCUGCGUUUCGGCAUCUCAAACGACCGGAACCAACUCGUCCCGGUGGAGCUACAAGUACUACUGGUUGACAACCUAGGAGCGAACAUCCUCUCGGUCGGAGCCCUGAAGGAAAGGGGGGUGAUGUGCGAUCUUCUGUCUACUCCUCCAGCACUCCGUAGCAGCGAUCAGGCCUUCCCCAUCUCCACGGAGAUUUCGCGGAUGUACAGCGUGAACAUUGUCCUCGACGACAUGAGGAUGGACGGGACCGCGAUGCUGCUCAAGACGAAGGUGAAUGCACACAUGUGGCACCGGAGGAUGGGCCACUGUAAUCCGCGCGCCCUCCAGCAGCUGGCGAGGAAGGAGCAUUCUGGGGUUAAAUUUGACCAAAACAUCGAGUCUGGCGACUGCGAGGUAUGUGCUGUCGGCAACAGCAAGAAGUCUAGUCACCCACCGGCUAACCGACCUCGCGCCGGCACUCGUCUUGCGCUCUUGCACGUAGACACCUGGUCGCACUCCGUAAAAUCUCUCGGUGGACACAAGGGUGCGGUGAUGUUCACGUGUGACAAUACCCGCAUGAGGUUUGGUUUUCCCAUCAAGAGCAAAGAUGCAGCUGCUGAGGCGCUGGAAACUGUUGUCAAGGAGGAAGCCGACCCGGAAGGACUGUGUAUCACCACGCUACACUGCGACGGAGGGGGCGAGUUCAAGGGAAGGUUCGCGGCGCUGGCAGCAUCACUUGGAAUCAAAAUCGAGACCAACGCCCCGUACAUGCCUCAAGGCAACGCCGUCGCCGAGCGUGGCUUUGGCACGGUCGCAGCCAUAACGCGGCGCCUUCUUCUUGGGGCACCUCAUCUACCGGAGAGUCUGUGGGCCGAAGCGUUCCAAUACGCGAUCUAUAUACUGAAUCGCACGCCUACGGACGUCUUGGGCGGCAAGGCACCACUUGAGGUAUGGGAGAACAAACCGCUUGGCAGCUUGCACCACAUCCGCGAAUUCGGUUCGGUAUGCUUUAAGCACGUGGAAGCGGGGGACAGGCCCAACAAACUGGCUGCCAGGGCUGAGAAGAUGUUUCUGGUCGGUGUCAACCCUAAAAGCCGGUCGUGGAGGCUAUGGUCCCCUCGUGACAAGUUUAAGAUCACCAACUCCGCCGAAGUUUCUAUUCGCGAGAAAGCCCCGCGCGACGUGGUUCCCCCCAAGGCAGGGCAUGAUCCGCUGCCAGAGACUCCAAUGAUUUACCAUCCCGGUCCGGAAGAGUCUGAUGACGACGUCGACAGUGUGGUGGAGCCACAAGACGAGCAGAAGGAUAACGAGCCGGAGCCCACGCCUCAGGCGCAAGAGCCGGGCCCCCGUCGCAGCACCAGGAACCCCAAGCCGACUGAACGUCUGAACCUGUUUACCUUUGCCACGGAGGAGGAGGCCUUCGAGCAAGUGGAACGCUCCCUGCUCACCGGAAGCUCGCUUGGCAACAACGGGACUGGCAACCCUGGCGAAGUGGGCUACAGGGCUCCCGACCCUUCGAGCUACGACGAAGCGAUCCGUGGGCAGGAUGCUCUAGACUGGCAAGAGUCCAUGCGGAACGAAAACCAGUCGCUUGUCGACCUUGAUGUGUACGACUGGGUCGAGCCGCCGACGAGUGCCCAGGACCAGCCGAUCCCGUCAAGGUACCUUUAUAAGCGGAAGUACAAGAAUGGCGAGCUUGCUCGACUGAAGAGCCGCGUUGUGGUCCAAGGCUUUCACCAAGCAGACACGGGCGAGGAUAAAGCGGCGCCUGUGGCGUCCAUGGAAUCCGUCCACCUGCUGAUUGCUAUCGCAGCCAAGAAUGGUUUUGGCCUGAAGCAAGCCGAUAUCAAGACGGCAUUCCUCCACGCGCGGGUUCCUGCAAAUGCGAAACCGAUCUACGUCAUCCCUCCGAAAGGGUUCGAGUGCUCUCCGGAACAACAGGGAAAAGUGUGGCGACUCAAGGCGUGGCUCUACGGGCUGCGCCUCUCUCCGAAGGGCUGGAACGGCACCUUCCACGACUUCCUGCUGGAGAUCGGGUUCGUUCAGAGUACGGCGGACCCCUGUCUCUACAUCCUUAACGCGGGAGGGGUCCUCCUUCUCGUGUACGUCGACGACAUUCUUUUGUCGGGAAGCGACGAAGCGCAGGUGAUGCGGGUCGUCGAGCAGCUGAAGGAGCGGUUCGACACAGUGUUCCUGGGAGAUGCACAGUUCCUGCUCGGUAUGGCACUUGAGAGGAACGUCGACGCCGGAACGAUCUUCCUGUCGCAGGAGAUGUACGCGAAGGCCGUACUUGACAAGUUCGGAAUGGCCGACGCGCACUCUACGAAGACGCCUGCGGAGGCUGGGCCUAUCAGCACCGUGGAGGAGAAGGUUUUGUCUCCAGAGGACACGGUGUACUUCCGGUCCGCCACGGGCAGUCUCCUGUAUCUCAGCAGGGGUUCGAGGCCGGAUAUUACCCACUCGGUGAUGGUGCUUACGAAGAGCAUGGCGAAACCGGGUCCCAAGGCGAUGGCAAAGCUGAAGCGGGUUCUCAGGUAUCUAAAAGGGACAACCACUAUCGGGAUCACAUACACCGAAGACGCCGACGGCGGAGACAAGCUAACGGCGUACGCGGAUUCUGACUUUGCCGGUGACCAAGACAAGGGCUACUCCACAACCGGUGUCGUUCUCUAUCUCGCAGGUGGCCCAGUGAUCUGGAUAGCCAAGAAUCAAACGGUGCUGGCCAUCUCCACGUUCGAGGCAGAAGUCGUCGCGCUGUCCAAGGCGUGCCUCAUGGUUAUACAUUUUCGAAAUUUGCUAGAGUCGUUGAAGAUGAAGCAGAAGCAAGCAACAGUAUUGUACGAGGACAACGCGGGUGCCGUAGCGUUCGCAAAGGGUAGCAAAAUCACGCCCCGCACGAAGCACAUCGACGUGAAGUUCCACCACGUCCGGCACCUAGAGGACCAAAACGUGGUAGAUGUAACUUACAUCGACACCAACAGGCAGAGGGCAGACAUAUUGACCAAAAGUUCGGGAGCUGUGAAGUUCCUGCAGAACCGCCUUAUUUUGCUUGGAGUGUGAGUACCUCCCCUUACCGAAAUCAGACCAUAUGUCUUAAAAGGGUUGGACGGUACAUGGAAUUCGCUGCCCAGAAAACUCUGGCAGUUAGUGAUGAGUAUUCAAUUUGAAUUGUUCGAGAGCAUGCAUUCAUGUUGAUAGCAUUUGUCGAGAGGACACUGGUAUUUGUUUCGAGAGGACACUGAGAGAAAGAAUUUUGUGUCUUAUGUAUCAGAGCUAGUCAUGACGUAGUUCUUGAGAGGACAUGUUGGGAUUUGUAUGCAAGAACUGACUCUAUUCUACUGCAUGGGUUUUGUGCAGUAUUGUGAAGGCGUGUCUCCAAGUCUGUAACCGUCAGGUGAAGACAGCUUGGGCGCCUGUGUUUUGGAUCUAAUGAUCACUCUGUGUUGUAUCUACCCAAACUGCGCCACCACUGCCAACUACACAACAAACAGCAACUACAAUUCUGUUGUCAGUACCUUGGUGACGCACCUAUCUCCAACACCAAAACGAACCUAGACUAUGCAUAUAAAAAAUAUGUCAUCAACACCAACUACCCUAGCACGUGACUUGAACUCAGCCACCCAACUCCAAUUUGACUGUGAUCACUUUACAUAGAGAUAACUGUUUUACGGAAAAUAUGAAAAAAGGGAUAAGAAACACACAGCGCAGUCUCGGCCACAACAACAUAGGAAACGUGUCAAUAAAAAAUAUGAUCGUGCGAUACUCCAAGACAAAAGAAACAAGGGGUAGAAGCUAGGGGAGCGUGUCCGACGAAACGUCCCGCUGUUAAAGCUGCUGCCAUGGUCCCACCCCCUACCUAGCUCAUGCCAUGUAAUUUUUUGGUAGGGGAGAGAGUGGUUAUUUUCUCGCGGCGCCCCCCGCGCCCCAGCGCCGCCGCGGAAUGCGCUACCCACUGCUGCUGUCUGCUGUAUGUACUGGCACAACCCCCAAUGUUCGCCACACCGAGCUGUCUGUUUGAUGUUGUAUGAAGGCUUGGUGUGCAUUUGUUUGCUUUGCCAUCAGAAACAAGAACAGAAGACAAGAAGAGCAUCAGCAGGAUGCGACGGCCCAAGGAAUAAGAAAUCCGUUUCAAGAAAUUGACCGACUUCGGCUGGUCCUUCUGCCCAGAACAAGACAUUGAGGCUCGACCCGAUUGAGACGUUUCUUAUCUCCGGGUCCUAUCUGUAGCAAAGGUGUCUUUAUGCAUGCAAAACUAGAAAGCAUUUGGAAGAUCGGCACUACAAGUAUGCAUGUUUUCUCGGAAGCCCCUACUCUGAAAUGUGCCGAUCUUUUGUACUUUUUUUAUCUCCACGACAGUGGCCGAUCUUCCGAUCUCGAUAUAUCUCGAACAUUUCUUCUGUAAAUAGUACGGCUGCAACUAAACGACUGCGGUCGUGAACGCACAAUCUACACUGUGGCGUCAAGCAGCACGUGCGCCGUCACGACGUGUUGAGAAGCACGUACGUGUGAACGAACCUGUGACAGGCGACAAUAAUAGUGGCUAAAAGCAAGCCAAAUGCGUACGUCCUGAACCGGAUAUGAUGCGGCGUAAAGUUCCAAGCAGAACACUGGUGCCGGUUCAGCGGUCCAAAGUGUCAUGAAAUUCAAUAACCUCUCAACCUCUCUUCAGGGUAUCGCCGCUAAACAUCUUACGCGGGUAUGAAACGCUACGUAGCCCGGGGAAAAGUCAACUCUUGCGCAACGAGAGCAGCGUCGAAAGCGCUUCUUGACAAGGGUAUUUUUUGUGUGUGUCUCAUUGAAAGUAGCAGUCAUACGAUUGUGUAUUAUUGAAGAAGUAAUUGCAUGGAACGUUUGAAUUCACGAAGCACACAGCUUGUUGUCCUUUCUGGACUGUACUCUAUACGUCUCAGAGUCAUGAAGUGGGUUGUCCUGGAGGUGCUUCGCUUGAUUGCCCACAUGCAGCUUUAGCGCGAGAUGGUUUCUUCCGCGUGCCUGGCGCUAGAAAACCGCCACCCCCUUGUACUUGGGUGGAGAUGAAGACGCGUGGGGAAGUCUGCCCCGUCUUGGACAACCACAUUAAUUAACAUUUUGUGCGCCCCGGUUGGACCCAGUGCCACAUGUGGAAGCUUGCACAAUUGUGCAUCCACGCACCGCAUCGUGUGUGUGUGCUUGUGUCUUUCUCCAGGGUGUGUACUACCGCAAGCGAGCGCGGGGUGUUUCCGCAAGACUUACAACCACGAUUGAUGUGCAGAACACCUUCAUAAAGGUUGAGACUCCCCACCGUCUGUCGAGGACGAAACCCUGUUUCCCACAAUGGCGUCGACGAAGAGUUGUUAGGUGUCUGCUUUUGGUUGCAAAAGACACGGGUUCGGAACCCGCUGCUCACCUAAUUUUCUUCCGAAGUACGGAAAAAUAAAAACGGUGGGUGGGCCAAGAAACGAUGCAUUGUCUAUCGAACUCGAAACUUCUGGCAAUGCAUGGCGGAAGUGGUGCACCCGCACACACGCACAGAAGUUUGUUGGAAAAAAGGUGGUUCUACUCGCCGCCAGCCGAUCGGGUUCCGGUUACCCCAAGAAGACUUGUCUUGCCUAGCAAA